AUGUCCUCGUAUCUUCGAAGUUGGCUCGGGACUGGAAUACCCGCCGCCCAACCUCCGCCCCCGACGCAGGAUGACAUUCCUGUAAUUUCUAGAUCAUCGCCGCCGCCGCCUGACGAUGAAGAUGACGGCGAGGCCACGGAAACGGAAGACAACUCUCCUCCGCUCUUUCCCAGUCCAUACAGCGCGCAGCGAGCGUCGUCGGGCGUACCGCGAAUUCUCACCGAUACCCAAUUAAUGCCCCCGCCCCCGCCGCCUCAGCUAGCAUCGCGUACCCCUGGCGUCUCCUCAAAUUCAACCUCGUUGUCAGCACCUUCGACACUGGCUGUCCCAUACACAACCACGAAGCCCCCAGCGAAGCUGAAUACCAAGAAGAAAGGAAAGGUGGCUCUCGCGCCGGGGCACAGUCCUCUGGAUUGGGCGAAUCUCAAGGCAUCCGGCGAGGAUCUGAGGGGAGUGGAUACCUUGAUGCGCAUUCCCCCGUCUGUGCUGAAACAGCAUAACAAGCGCGACGAUGCGUGGACGGCGAUUAAUGGCAAGGUUUACAACAUGACCGCGUACCUCCCCUUCCAUCCCGGCGGUGAGAAGGAGCUGAUGCGAGUUGCGGGGCGUGAUGGGACAAAGUUGUUUGCCUCUACUCAUGCUUGGGUCAACGCCGACUUCAUGUUGGAUGCUUGUCUCGUAGGGUUCCUCAUUCCAGAGCCAUCGACAUAG